AUUUAUUUUGCGUGGUAUUAUACGUGUAGAUAAGAAACGGCUUAAUCUUUUAGUCAAUAUAUUCAUAAGUGUACAUACAUAAAUAUUUAUUAGCGUAAACAUAAUAAAUACCUAUUAUAACCUGGUCCUAGUUAUGUCCAAAAGUUUAUCAGUACAAUUCGUAGCGAGUGAAUGGAAUAUUAAAAUUGACAAGGUAAUCGAUAUGAUGAACAACAAGGUUUUCGUUCGUUCGACUUCAUUCUACCUCGCUAUCGUAUUAUUUUUUGUAUUAAUUUAUUCGAUUCACAUCUUGAGCUGGAAAACUAUGACGGAGUCAGACACUAAGCCCAUUACAACUCAAAAAGAAGAAGCUCCAAGAACGCCUCAUACAGAAGCUCAAACUGUAACUACCAAAAAAGCAACCGUAACUCCGAAAGUACCUCAAAAUUCGGUGGAUUGUUUUCGACAAAAUGCUCCCACUCUGCCGGAUAUCUCAUCGGUGAACCCCAAACGAGGAAAAUCUGUAUUUUUCCACGAAACCUCAUGUAUAUCUUACAACAAUGGGAAAAUCUCUAUAACAGCACGUCAAGCUUGCGCCGUGGAAAGCGCUGCUAGGCUGAAUCCCAAUCUCGACGUUUAUCUUCUCUACACCUCGCCUGGUGAAAUAAAAAUGGAAGGCGACGAAUCGGAUUUGUACCUGCAAGCGCUGAUGAAAUACGACAAUGUAAAAAUCAUGCACUUGGACUUCGCAAAAUACACCAAGGGCACGCCAGUCGAGGAGUUGUACACCUCUAAGAAAUUGGAUAAUUCGUUAAAUUCCAUCGAACACGCUAGCGAUAUCCUUAGGUAUGUUAGUUUAUGGAAAUACGGAGGUAUUUAUUUAGAUUUAGAUACGAUAACGUUGAAAACUUUGGAGAAACUGAAACCGAAUUUCGCGAGUCCUGAAUCUACUUCGUUCGUAGCAGCAGGAAUUCUAGGAUUCGAGCCCGAUGGUGUCGGUCACCAAUGGGCUGAUAUGUGCCUCAACGAUUUGAGAGUUGGAUUUACAGGAAAAGACUGGGCUAACAGCAGCGUUGGAGUGAUCACUAGAUUAUUACGGUCUAUAUGCACGACACCGGUGAUUCCCAACAUGACUGAAGAGACUUGCAAAGGAUUCAAAUUGUACCCGACGAAGGACUUCUAUCCGGUAUUCUGGGACAAAUAUAUGUGGAUGUUCCAGGAGGAACAUUUCUUAGAUACCCUGAAAUUAGCGGAAAACGCAACGGCCACGCACAAUUGGAACAAACUAACCAGAGGCAUUAAGAUCAACAUAAAAAACGUCUAUAUACCUUAUCUAUAUUACGCCAAAAAAUUCUGCCCCAACGUAUUGAGCGAAUGCAAAGAAAUAUUUUAAAACUGUGAUAAAAUUUUGUAUGUUUUUUUAUAAAUAGGAUAAUUUAUUUACAAAUUAUAUGUU